AUGAAGCAGUAUACAUUACUUGGGGGGAAGUGUAGUAUCACAAAUGAAACAACACCAAUGACAGCUAACUGUAUACCGGUUAAUGCCACUUUUGUAAGUAGCUCGAAAAUAGGAUCAGCAAGCAGAAGCUUUUCUGUUGACACAUGGAAAAUACCGAUGCCAAACUUCUUCAUAAAGAUAUCGAUGACAAAAGACCAUUGUAUUCCGUUUUCUGAGUCAACAUGGGGAAGUGUUAACAAAGUUGUAACUGAGAUAAACUACAUGUUUAUGGACUUUAAACCAAGCGUUCCUGAGAGAGUCUUUGAUAUUCCAGACGCCUGUAACGGUCAUCACCCUGGUAUUGGUGUUGGCAGAAGAUCUGUUAUGAAGUCUAUGUUUUUGCCAUAAAAUAUUUCCAUGAAAGAUACAUCGUCUCAAAUUUUCGUUUACUUUCUUCGUGUGUACAAUUAUGUCGAUAGCUUUAUUAUUUAAAUAUUAGUAUUACUUACCCAAUCCCGGAAUUAAGAUAUCAUUUAUCUAACCCCAGAGCAUGAUAA